UUCUAGGGGACUUCAGAGCCGAUCAUGGCGACUCUCGGCGGCAGUCGUGGGGAUCGUCUCGGCAACUCCAAUCAACAAAAGUCUUCUCUUGCAUCUCCAGAGAAAGUUCGCGAAAUUCUUAAUGAAGGGGUGUCAUCAACAAAUGUUGGAUUGAACAGUGGACAAGGAGAUUUGAAAGUUCUGGAAGUAAAAAGCAACACCCAAGCACCUUGUGAGGCAACUAACAAAGAAGCCUUUUUCUCAAGAGUGGAAUCCUAUUCAUGUUUGAAAUGGGUAGGCAAACCCCGCACACUGUCCCCUCUGAUGUGUGCCAGAUAUGGCUGGAUCAACGUUGGCUGUGACAUGCUCAAGUGCUCCAGCUGCCAGGCUUUCCUUUGUGCAUCCCUACAACCGACUUUAGACUUUGAAAAAUCAACUCUCCCUCUUCAUUUAAUAGAUGAAUCCCGCAUUGCAGAGAUUUCGAGGCAGCUUCAGACGCAGCAUGAGAAGUUUUGCCCCUGGCCUGACUUUCCGUGUCCAGAGCGGUUCUGGCUGGUUCCAGCCUGUGAACCAUCUGCACUUCUCACUGCCUUCUUAGAGCGUUUCCAGAGCGCCUGCCUCCUUUCACAGCAGCUGCCAGCCAUGAAGCCUGAGCAGCUGAAAUCUAUGUCCCUUACAGAGGAUGUUAUCAGUGUUAUACUUCAGUUGAUCGAGGAAGAACAAAAAAGAAAGGCAGGCACUGCAUGUUCUGAACCUUUGGCUGUCCAGGUGGCUGCAUGUAUUGUUUCUCUUUGCGGUUGGGCUGCAAGCCCUGCUCUGCGAGCCAUGAACCUGCCCAUCCUCACCUGCUCGUACUGUAUGCGCAAGGUGGGUUUGUGGAACUUCCACCAGAUGGAGGGAGCUGUAAGUGAUGGAGAUGCCUUACCAAACACGGUAGGCCCCUCUGCUCAAGCAUCAGUUCCCGCCUCAGCACCUACGCCAGAAAACCAGGGGGACCAGCCUGCUUCUGCCUCAUCCACCCCUGCUACAACUCCAUGUCGCAUGAAGCUGAGGAGCCAGGACUCCACCCGCUCUGACCAGGGUGAGGGAACCUCCUCCCCUGUGGCUUUGCGUGCCCGAAGCAGGGACUCACCAAGCCCUAGUGAAGAGGUGCCCAGUCCUUUGACCAGGGGCAAAAGGUCCGCAACUCGCGGUAGAGGACAUGGGGACAACUCGGGGUCUGAUGGUGCUGCCAGCCUGCAACAUCCUCCGAAACGCCUGUGCCUCUCAUCAGUUGGUGGUCCUGAUGGGCUCCUGCCUAGGAAUGCAUUUGACCCCCUCGCUCAGCACAGAGACUGGUGUCCCUGGAUCUCUGUGGGAAAGGAGAAUGUGGAUCCGGGGUCGAUCCCCUUUUUGGGUAGUGGCUCAGCGCUUCAUCAGCAGGGCUGGAAGGCUGCUCUUGACCUCCUCAUGCCCAUGAAAAAGAACUCUAAUACAACAGGAGGCAGUCCAGGACAGGGCCCUCGUGACAAGUCUAAAAGGGUGUUUGAUAUAUUCCGUCAGUGGCAGGUAUCCUCCUCUACAUCUCAGUAGUUUUUUUCAUCCAAACAGCUUCCCAACACUGAAUUGAUGAACUGACCUGCCCUCCAUUUUGUGGUACAGAGUCCGCUGUACAAAUGACAGGAGUGUCAUACCAUAAUAAUGUAUGCCAUCCCUAAAAGUCAGGUUUACAGUCAAAGUUUUUCUGGAGGGAUAGGAAGUUGAUUGUGUCUUCAGGUAAAUGAAUGAGUGUCUUCUCUGUGAACAGUGAAAUAUGUGAAGGAUGCCUGUGUGGCAUUAGAACAUUAGAAUUCUACUUCAUGAAAACUGGGAUGCGCAUCUACUGGGGAGCCUAAAUAGGCCACGUAUUGUGUGUACACAAGUAGUCCUCAAAUAAUGGAACACCUCUCGGCAUUAAAUUGACCACAUGCGAGGCAUCUGCUAUGAACGUCACAUGAAGUCUGCUUCGGUAGUCCUUUGUGACAUCAUGAUGGUCUGGAUUUCUGUGGAAUAAAAGAGACAAGAAAUCCCUGAUUAUGAGAAAGGGCCAAAUGGCCUGACACUGGAAAGGCAAUGUUUACCUUCAAUGUAUGUUUAGUCAUUUGAGGGAGUGGUAAACAUUAACCUCAGAUUAGCAAAAAAAAACUGUGAGAAAGUAAUUUUGUGUGUACUAUUGUGGAUAUGAGUUCUCUUUGAAAAGAACAAAAUCCUUUUGGAGUAGUGAAAUAUUGCUAAAAUUAUGGCAGGCAGGUAGAGCCAUGUGCCAUGAAUUCCAAUCCUUUUUUAAAAAUUAGAUUCAGGAUGCCUGUGCUUCCCUUUUGCCUUCCUGUGACAUCACAUUGCUAAUUCAGUCAUUUCUGUCUACCUGUGCUUUUAUCUCUGUAGAAUUUCCUAAAAGGGUUUAAUAAAAUGCUUUUCCGAAA